UUCAGGCUGGUAAAAGAGUUGGGGUUGCUUGCUUUUUUUUUUUUUUUAUCCCAAAGUUAAAAGUCAAAGUAGGAAAAAGAAUCGAUGAUCUAGCAGUUUAUAGAGCGGAGUUGGUUGCUGUGUGGCUAGCCCUGCUAUGGGUGGAAGUUAACAGGCCAAGGAAGGCAGUAAUUGCUUCAGCUCAGCUUUGAUUAGCAUUGGAACGUCCCAGUCAAAAUCAAGGCAGGACAUUGUGUAUGAAAUAUUACAAGUUGCAAAUAAUCUGUUAAAGACAGGAGUUAAGAUAACUCGUGUAUGGGUACCAGCUCAUAUAGGAGUUGUAGGGAAUGAGAUGGCGGAUGAGUGCGCUAAACAAGCAGCUGGCAGCAAGGCAGAAAUUAAAAGUAUGAUUAAAAACAUAGUUAAGGGAAAAUGGCCAGACUGGGAGACAGUUCUAUAAUAUCCAGAACAAAGUGGGAAAGAGCAGAAACACCAACAGAAGUAAGGAAGAGGAGGAUGCUUUUUCGAGAAUGAGGUUCAAUCUGCUCAUCAGUGACGCCCCGCCCCUUCGAGACUCUUCUAGAACAAAAUAGUGAUCAUAACAGUGAUAAAAUGGAAACCGGGAGGCUUUUGUCUGUCCCACCGAAGUGUUCUGUGUGAGAAGUGUCCUGGUGAAGAUGUCGGAGAGGCUGGAAGUGCUCUUGGUUGGAGAAGGGAACUUCUCCUUCUCGGUGGCUGUGUGUGAAUCGGGGGAUGCUGAGAGCGUCACCGCGUCCUGCUUACAAACUGAGCAGCAAGCUGUGGCUCAGGAACACGCCGCGGAGAACAUCCAGCGCCUCCGAGCCCGAGGCUGUACGGUGCUUUUUGAGGUAGAUUGCACACGCCUAAAUGAGCAUGAGGUCAUUCGGCGCCGUGUCUACGACCGCAUCAUUUUCAAUUUUCCUCACUGUGGGCGGAAAAGUGGCGUCAAGAAGAACCGCACUCUCCUGGCCAAAUUCUUUAUAAGCUGUGCUGAAGUGCUCAAGGCCAAUGGAGAAGUCCAUGUAGCUUUAUGCAACGGUCAAGGAGGCACUCCAUGUGACAACCCAAUGAGAGAAUGGCACAACAGUUGGCAGGUGGUCUCCAUGGCAGCCGAGGCCAGCCUCGUUCUCAGCGAGAUCCGUCCUUUCGAUCGUGACAGAUAUCAAGGAUACAAAUGCACGGGCUACAGGAGUCAGGAUAAAGGUUUCCAUGUGGAAGGGGGUCUGAACCACGUUUUUACCCGGAGCCUGCCAUACACCGUGCCUGAGAAACUCAAAAUGGAAACUGCAGUUGGGAAGGAGAUGGUUAGUUUUGAGCUUCCUGAGGAGUUGAGCGAAUAUGUGAACAGGAAUUUCCUCGGUCGACAGUCACACCAUCCUGUGAAACUUGUGCUGGAACAGUUACUCCGAGAGAUCAAAUCUUCAUGGCCUCUAUGUUCAGUGAGCGGCACCUUUCCAGAGUUGUUCAGCUGCUCCCAAGACAAGCUCCAGGAUUGCGGCUCAAACCUGAGCUCCUCUGAAGUCUACUGGAUCAAGCCAACUGAGACCCAUCCCCUUGACCAGUGUGAAGAUGGUAAGAAGGAUUGCGAGCCAAUGGAGGAGCAACAUUUGUCUAGCAGCAGCUGUUAUAUGCUACGACCAUCUUUGUUAUUGCAUGCAGAAGAAAUUAUGCAGUGUGAGGAUUUUAGCCCCGGAACCAUCUAUGCGCUAAGUGGGUUGGUUUUCCAAAGAGUUCCCAUCUCUCCAAACUGCUACCCUGUUUUCCAUCAGCUUCUCCUCAUUGCUGUUUUACCUUCUGAAUCCCAGCCUGUCCAGAGCCUCCAAAAUAAUCUGGAAGCUCUUCUUUCUCAUUAUGAAGUCUUAUUUAAGAAGGAGGUAGUGGGUGAGGAGCAUCGAGUGUUGCUCAGUUCUCAGGAACUCCACAAUUUUGGCCAAAUAACAUGCGUCCCCGUUCCUCAAUCUGAACUCCAGCUCUGUAAAAGCUCGGUUUUGACUUUACUGCUAAAUCUGGACCACCUAGCAACCCUGAUCUUCUCAAUCCCUGACUGGCGCCUACUGUGGACCUCAGACCCACGUUUCCUAACAAGUUUUGAACCUGUUAUUCAGUUGCCUGCUCCUUUUCAGCCAUUCUCACUCUACCCGCCAAGUUACACCCAUGACGUGAGCUUCUGGAUGGAGCCACAGACAUUUGACGAACUUGAUUUUCAUGAGACAGUCCGUGUAGCUACAUGCGGAGUUGUAAGGGACAUACAGCUGGUAGACAGGUUCCGCCACCCCGAGAUGGGACACGCAAGUCUGUGCUACCGGUUGACAUACCAGUCACCAGAUCGCGCCUUGUCCCACCCCCGAGUGCUGGACCUGCAAAACCAGCUGCGCACGCUGCUUCCUCUACGCUUGAACAUCACCCUCCGGUAAAUCCAGGAUUUCUCAUGAAAGCAAGAACAUUAUGCAAGUACCUCAGACUAAAGGGAACAUGAGAGCAGCUAUACCAAUAUUGGUUUCAUUUAUUAGAUUUUCCUUUGGAAUUUGGUCCAAACGACCAAUUUUUAUACUAAACAUGAACAUCAGGCUUUGUUUAUUUAAUUUUACAGGUCAUGUUUAUUACAGAGGUAAUGUUCAGGUUAUCUAACUGAACUGAGCUCUUGGACUCCAAGAUUUGUAAAUGCUCUGUAAUUACUUUGAGUGUUUUCAAACUGAAGCAUUUUUUCCAUACCCAGGGCUGUGUGAACCAAGAGAGCAUUACAUCUUGCACAGAUUUAGGGCAUUUCCACGCCUAUAGGUCCAUUUGCCAAGUCAAGCGAAAUUAACAAUUUGUCAAGGUAUUUGGCGUUUUGCAUUUUUAUAAAACACAUCUUCAUUACUGCCGAACCUGAUCCGGGCUUGAGGCAAACCAUGUUUGGUUGACUUGGCCAGAAUUACAUGGGUGCAAGUUUUCCGGCAUGUGCCGGAAGCUCUGGUUUUUUCGGUUCUGAAAAAGUCAUUUUUCCAAAUCGUGUAAAUCCGUUGAGAUUUUCGGGGUAUGGGGUGGCCCUCUCACUGUCUCACUCUCAGCGUAUUAGCGGGUCACCGCGGUACAGUCUCUGCACGAGACAAAUUUUUUCAUCUCGUCUUCGCCACAAACCUCAUUCAAUUUAUACGCCGCUCACCGACGAGCAGUCCUGACUAGCCCGUUGUUUCACGGUGUUAUACAUGUGUGAUAUAAUGCAGGGUUCUCCAUGGAUUGAAAAUAUAGGGGGGUGGGGGUCAAUCGGCUGUCCUUGAAACAAAUUUGCAUAAAUUUACAUAUGUCAUUUGCAUAAAAUACUCUCAAAUAGUAAUCAUUUAGAAUAGAGGAAUCAAUUGGACUGGUACAAAACAUCAUACAUCACAUUACACACUUGCACAUCAUAUUCAGACACAUUGUUUGAAAUGGAACUGGAAAAAAUAUUUUUUUUAUUUAGCAAACUACCAAGAAAAGUACAGAAAAGUUUUUGUAUUAACUAUAUUCACACUGCUCCACAAAAGCUGACAUUGUUUGAAAUGGAAAUGUAAUUGCAGGCACC